GAUUAUCAUUGGAUUAAAGUCUACAUUGAAAUGUUACUGUCGUUUGAUAACAUCAAAACUAUUCGGUGUGUUAGCUUUCACUGGUAUUCUAAUCUAUUGGUUCUUUGGUAUCAUUGGUGCAAUGAAUAUUGAAACACGUUUGGAUGUUGAAAAAUUGCUACCAAAAAAUUCACCUUUACAAGAAGCAAAUGCUAUGAUCACAACUACAGUUUGGAGGGAAUAUUAUCCAGUAACGAUUUUAAUUAAUAGUCCAUUGGAUAUACGAAAUGAACAUAUCAUUAAACGAUUUGAUGCGAUGGUUAAUGAUUUUGAAACAUUGGAAAAAUGUCGAGGAAAAGAAUUUACACUUCUUUGGUUACGAGAUUAUAAAACAUAUUGGUGGGAAGCAUUAUUAUAUGAUUUUGAUUAUUUUUCGGAUGAUAAUAUAGCGACAACAACAACAACAACAACAACAACAAUAACAACAACAACAACAACAACACUAAGAACUUCACAAAUAUCAAAACACGAAACAAAAUUCGAAAAAGAAAUGAUUGAUUAUAGCAAAUUAAAUGAUUUUCUCUUUUCACCACUUUAUAAGCAUUGGAAAAAUUUUUUAAAAUUAAGGAAUGAUUCGAAUAUACCGGUGGAAAGAUUUUACUUUAUGGUAACAUAUGAGAAUUCGACCAGUUGGAAGGAACGAAUUGAAUUAAUGCAAAAAUGGCGAAGUAUUGCUAAUGCUUACAAAGAUUUGAAUGCAUCCGUUUGGGAGGCUAAUUCCAUGUUUGUUGAUCAAAUGCUUUCAUUAAAAACAUUAGCUAUGCAGACUUGUGUUUGGACAUUAAUAUGCAUGACAAUAGUAUGCGGUUUAUUCAUCCAAAAUCCAUUCAGUGUAAUUAUCGCAUCACUUACCAUUGCAUCCAUAAGUUUUGGCGUGAUUGGAUUCUUGUCUUGGUGGCAUAUGGAUCUUGACCCGGCAACACUUUGCGCCAUAUUGAUGUGUAUUGGAAUGUCGGUAGAUUUUACCGCUCAUGUAUCUUAUCAUCAUCAGCUCGGAGAGAAGAAAACAAUCAAAGGGUUAAGAAUAACAAAGUCACGAUUGGAAAAUAACAAGGCACGUUUGGAAUACACGUUGGAAAGUGUUGCAUGGCCAACAUUACAAGGUGGAAUCAGUACGGUUGCUUGCAUAAUACCGUUAGCAUUUUUACAGAAUUAUAUUCCAUUGGUAUUUGUGAAAACAAUAUCACUGGUAGUAAUUUGGGGUCUAUUUCAUGGCCUUGUGCUAUUGCCAACAUUCUUAUCAUUUAUACCUCAUUUUCUAUUGGAGUUUAAUUGUUAUCGAGCAAUUUUUGGGAAGCAUUUAUUUGGUGCCACCACCGGUAUGGAUGCAUAUGGUAGUAAUGGUGGUAGCGGUGAUGCUGGUGGUACCAAUGGUGGCAGAAAGCAAGAGGAUAAAAUUGUUCAGGAUAAGGAAGAUAUGAAUGCUACUGAGCUACGGAUACUAAGGACUAAUGAACAAUUAUCAAUUAUGGCAGGAACAUGACAGAAGGAAGUUUUUUUUUUUUUUUUCUGAAUAAUGCUAGUGUAAUAUAAGUCUGGAAAAGUUUCGCAAGAGAUGGAAUCUUAUCAUUCUUGAUUAAUCAAUUAUUCACAAUUGAUCACUAUUGAAUUCUGCUCCUCUUGCCUUUUUUCUUGGUAUUGUAAUUAAUGUUCGCGUGUUUUAUAUCCUUAUUGGUAUGAAAUAAUAACAGGUUAAAGAACAUCAGGAAAACUAGGAUUCAUUUUUAUUUUAUUAAAAAUGUAACACUAUCUCUAAUCUUUGGUACUUCUUAAACAGACUUUAAUUAAAUCAGGAAAAAAAAUUGUUGAUCUUCCACUUUUCCAUACGUGUCUCCGAUACAACAAACAUCAACAUCACUUCAGAUAUCUUAUUUUAUUAUCCAAGCAUUAAACGGUUAAUUGGAACAGGAAGUCCAAGGAAUAUCUGUUCAUCUUUUUUCUUUGCUUGUUCGAUCCGCGAUAUCAUUAUGGUGAUUUGUGUGAAAUAAAGAUUUGAAACUAUUUCUUUCCUAAGCGAUAAU